AUGAGAAGAACGACAUAAACAAAAUAAUUAAGCUUGUUUGACUCAAUCUUAUCAGGGUAAGCCUAAAAAGAAGAGGAAGAGAAGCAGAUGAAAUAUAGUGUGAAGAAUCAAAAUGACUAAGGUAUUUAAAACACGAAGUCAUUGCAUAAUUUAGUAAUUUAUAAUAAAAAUCUUAGAAUGAUAUCUUUUAUUCAAACAUCAUGGAUUAUAAAGAUUUCAAAUAGUCUUUGAGAUACAAUAACAAAAAUUUGAAGAAAAUAGCUUUGGAAAAUAUUAAAAAUCCUCAUCCGAAAAUAAUGAAGAAUUUAAUCAAGUUCGAUUUAAGUGGACUUGUAGAAUUAAAGUUGGUCAGUAUCGAUAUCACUGAUUCUAGAUUUGAAAUAUUUCUGAAAAAGGGAGGGUUAUCAAAUUGUUUUAAAAAACUAACAAUCUUAACUUUAAAUUGCUAAUCAAUGACUUCUAGUUCCUUGGAGUAUUUAUUUCAAGGAAAUCAAAUAAUCAAGUAUUUAGAUUUGAGUCACACUAAAAUUGAUAACUAGGGUAUUUAUUACAUCUCCAAAUUACAAUGGCCCUAUUUGGAUACCUUCAUUAUAUAAUGGUGUAAUAAAGUAAAUAGCUUGAAUGAGUUGGGAUAAAAUGCAGAGAACUUUCCCAAUCUUAAAAUCCUUGACAGCAGAUUCGUAUAUGCAAAUAAUGAGGCAUACAGCAAAAUUAUAAAUUCUUAACUUAGUAUAACAUUAAACAAUUUGCGUCUAUUUGGAACUGAUGUGGAUUUGGAGAAGAUUUAAUGGAAAUAGACUUUUCUAUUGAAUUUGUUUAUGGAGAAGAUGAGGGGAUUAAAUACAUAAGAAUUUAUAAUUCAAAACAUUCCAACUUGCGAUAGGACAACUAAUGAUUAUAAGCAGAUGAGAGUGAUGACAAGUAAAUAAAAGAAAUAAUAUUUUAGAGAUCUACAAGGAUAAAGAUUAAUUAAUGUCAAUUAAUCUAUCUUGGAAGAUUGAUCCUUCCACUGUGUAAUUACAGUUUAUCGAGACUGUGGAGAGUAAAGAUUAACAGUUUAGUAAUUUUGGUAAAUUGUUUGAGUUUUUGUCUAAGGAAUGGUAGUUGAGAAAGUCGUUAAGAAAAAUGAUUUUACAUUUUGAUAAAAUCUAAUGUGAUGAGUGUAAUCUCGACAUUCUAUUGAAAACAAUAGUUGAUUUUAAGGAAAUGAAACAACUCUAAUUGAUUUUAUAAAGUCAAAUGCUGUUGAAACCUGUUAGCUAUUAUUUUGUAUUUAAUUAAAUAAGUGAAUUACCAAAAUUAAUUAAAUUACAAGUAUAUUUUAUUAUCAAUUUCAGCUAGAUUUUUAAAAUGAUAAAUUGGUGAUAAAUGAUAUUUUGUUGAAUAAAAUAUAUAGAUCUCUGUAAUAGUUAACAAACUUGAACGUUUUGGAACUGAAUAUAAGAAACAAUAAAAUAGUAAAUGUUUUGGAUUUGUAUACUUUUAAUUAUCAAAUCACAACUUCGAUUUUCAAUCCUGUGUUAAACCAUAUUACUUUAUUGGAGACUACUGAAGAUAAUUUAAAUUAUCUUUUUUCAGAUGCUGUCUCUCUAUUAUAUAGUAAUCCAUUUAAAAUUAUAAACAUCAAUAAUUUCUAAAAUUUUAUCUUAUAAGAAGAUCAAAAUAAUACUAAGGAAAGAUUUUUCGAAAAAAUAACGAGAGAAUAUUAAAAAUAAAAACGAAAAUUAUUGUAUAGUGCAGUGAUUGCUGACUCUAAAAGAUUGAAUUAUAAUGUGAGAUUUAGAAAGGAAGUGAUUAAUGA